GCGACCCGACCCCACAUGGCAAACAGCUGAAGUUUUGACGGCACUUGCUUAAGGGUCAGCAUGGCCAGGCAGUGGUCUGAGGGCCACUCCACAUCCAUCCUGUGUGUCGGGGUGUCUUCAGGGCCCGAGGGCCUCCUCGCUUCAGGCUCUGAGAGUGGAGAGGUCACGGUGUGGAGCCAAGAAGGGACCAUCAUAGGCCGUCUCACUCUCCCUGGUAAAGAGGACAGCACCAGUGUUGUGUUCUCACCAGCAGGUCUGGGCCAGCUGUAUGUGUCCCACGGAGACGCAGUGAGCGUACUGGACCCCCGAAACCUGAAGGGCCCAGUGGAGGAGUUUCAGGGUGCAGGGGAGGAGGAGAUUAACGCUUUGGCGCUGAACGAUACGGGUUCAGCGCUGGCAGUGGCUGAUGACUCCGGAGCAGUCCGGGUACUGGAGCUUCCUGGGGGGAAAGUAUUCAGGACUCUUCGGAGACACACAAACAUCUGCUCCUCGGUGGCUUUUCGACCUCACAGACCGAAUAACCUGGUGUCUGCUGGACUAGACAUGCAGGUGAUGCUGUGGGGUCUGCAGAAGACUCGGCCUCUUUGGACCCUCAACCUCCAGGAUGUGGCCGAGGAAGAAGACGACCAUCAGCAGCGUCCCGGUCAGCUCUUCAACCCGCCGCUGGUCCACUGCGUGUCUGUGGCGAGUUGUGGGAACAUUUUGGGUUGUGCAGCAGAGGACGGGCGGGUGCAUCUGAUGCGGAUCGGCAGCGGCUCUAAACUGGACCAGCAGGGAGCCGUCAAGGCCCACAGUCAGGGGGCCUCACAAGCCCACUUUGUGAGUUUCCUUUCCCACCCUCACUGGCUCGUCACUGGGGGGAAUGACGGCCAAGUCGCCCUGUGGGACCUCAGUAAGAACCCAGUGGUGACUCCGGAGGCAAAGGCCAAAACUAGAGUGGUGACGGCCCCACGCAGGAAGAGUAAGAGCAAGGCAAAUAGGAAAGAGCAAUGCCAGGAUAAAGCAAUGAAGGUUGAAAUGGAGGAAGUGGAAGCAAGUGCAGAGGAGGCGACGGAGGAGAAGUUGGGGCCCAAACUGAGCAUCAGUCAUGGGGACAAGGUGAACUGGUUGUGCCCUGCUGUGCUGAAAGGAGAACCCAGUGUGGUGGUUGCAGAUCAGAGCUCCUGUCUGACGGUUUACCCUCUGUCUCCGCUAUAGAUUCAGGUUCUGUCAUCUUUUGUUCUCAUGGUUGCAGUACAAUGUUUUCUUUAGUUUACAUUGAGUAUACACUCCUGUGUUUGAUACUGUUAGAAGUUGCAGCAUCAUUAUUUCUUGGAGAUUUUGAUGUUAGGAUCUCCUUUAAUUCUUACUUUUAAUUCUAACUUUAAGCACUGAACAGUGGGUGAAGAUCUUCACAGAAGCAGACAAACAUCUGUUUUUACAACACAUUCAACAAACUAAACGUGUAAUUGUUUUUUGGGUCUUGUUUAAUGACAGAUUUACUGAUAUUGCUCACGUUGUGUGUGGUCCUAUGAAAAUUGUUCUGCUUUGAAAUAUAUUUUGCAAUAUGUGUUUUUGUGGACUGUAAAAUCUACCACAUUAUAGACAAAAGCAAUCUGCAUGUUUAACUGAGUCUGCGGUGCUCUUGUAGAGUAAAAACAUCUCAAUCCAAACCAGGUGCCGGACUACAAAGACAGAAAGUCAACUGAAAGCUGUUUCCAGGAUGUGACAUUUCAAACACUUUAUUUGAAGAGACAUUUUUUUAAAUGAGUCUAAAGCAGCACCUCAUGAUCUGACAGCAAGCUAUAAUGAUGUAAUGUACAAUUAAGAUUGUUUUUUUUCCUGUGUUGAUUAAACCACAUUUGCUGCUUAUUAAUCCUGACAGGAUCUUCUAACAUUUAAGAAAAUGUGCUGUGUGGACUCAUUUGAAUCAAUCAAGCAGCAAACACUUUGUCAAGUUUUUUUUUUUUUUUUUGUUUUUUACACAACACAAAAUCUCAAUAAAUUCAUAGCAAAUGCACUGUAUUCACGCAACACUUUCAAACAAGUAAACCAUUCUAUUGCAGACAAGCAAAACACUUCUAUAAGAAUCCUAGAAAUAAAGGCACAAGUCUUACUGUCCAAGUAAAUUAAUGAAUCCAAUUCCCGCCCGUCUGCUCAAGUUUUAAACAAAAAAGGUGAAACUCUGACAGACUGUAUCCAUUUCUUUGAAUCGCAGCAACAGCAAAUAUUGUACUUUACAGAAAUUCCUUAAACCAGAUUUGUUUUAAAGCCAAAUAAAGCUCUCAAGUGGAUGUUCACAGUAACAUUUACACUGAAUAAGCACAUGAUCAUUUCUCAGCACUGCAGAGCGACCUGAUAAACUGCGACAUCAUUUUCCAAAGCAUUAUUUCAGUCCUUUUUAAUUUAAUCUGUCUCAAAAGUUCCUUCACCUUUUGAUGUAAUUAAGUUUUACAUUGACAGCCAGCUCAGAGGACCAUGUUUGACUGGUAACUCCGAUCAAAUAAAUCCUCCACUGAGAUGUCCUCCCUCCUGUGAUUACUGAGGCCUGAGUCAAAUUCUGCACAGCGGAUGUUGAGUUGCUGCCUUUACAGUUUAGCCAGACUCUUCUCCAGGCUCUCAAUGUCUGCACCCCCCUCUUCACCCUUGCUGCCGCGGGCGCUGCACUCCAGGAACUCCACCUUCAGGGGCAGCUGGCUGAACUCAAAGUCUUUGCCUUUUUUCCCCAGAUACACACUGCCGCCCACAGAGCCGUCCUGAGAGC